AAUCCCACAUGGAGUCGGAAAUUAAGGUGCCACCUUACCAAAAUUCGACAUGGAACAUCGGUCUGUCUCUCCCCAUGUCCUUGUCUUCCCUUUUCCCAUUCAAGGCCAUGUCAAUUCCAUGCUCAAACUCGCCGAACUUCUUUCCCUCGCCGGCCUCCGCAUCACCUUCCUCAACUCCGACUACACCCACAGCCGCCUCCUCCGUUACACCAACAUUCUGGACAGAUUCACGCGCUAUGCUGGCUUUCGUUUCCAAACGAUAUCCGAUGGGCUGCCGUUGGAUCAUCCGCGAACCGGUGUCCAAUUGAAGGAUAUGUUUGAUGGAAUGAAAGCCACGACCAAACCACUGUUUAGGGAGAUGAUCAUGUCGUGGUGCAGGAGUUCUGACCCUGUGACCUGCAUCAUAGCAGAUGGGAUCAUGGGUUUUGCUAUUGAUGUUGGUAAUGAAGUUGGAGUUCCCACCAUUUCUUUUCGUACUAGCAGUCCUUGUGCCUUCUGGGCAUAUUUCUCUCUACCUCAGCUCAUUGAAGCUGGCGAAGUCCCCUUUAAAGGUUUAUGUAUGAAUACUGUAGAUGAUGACAUGGAUCAGCUAGUAACCAGUGUUCCUGGAAUGGAGGGGUUUCUCCGGCGGCGAGAUCUACCUAGUUUUUGCCGUACCAAGGACGCAAAUGACCCGAAUCUCCAGCUUGUAAUGAUAGAGACUCGACAAACACCACGGGCCGAUGCGCUUAUACUCAAUACGUUUGAAGACCUAGAUGGAGCCACGCUCUCUCAAAUACGCAGUCACUGUCCAAAAUUAUACACCAUUGGACCUCUCCACGCACAUCUGAAAUCCAGGCUGGCAUCCGAAACAACCGCAUCACAGUUUUCCAAUAGUUUGUGGGAGGAAGACAAAAGGUGCAUUCCGUGGCUUGACCGUCAGCCCUCAAAAUCUGUCAUCUACGUCAGCUUCGGAAGCCUCACAGUCAUCACAAAGGAGGAGCUCAUGGAGUUUUGGCACGGUUUAGUCAACAGCGGUAGCCGCUUCUUGUGGGUCAUACGGCCAGACUCCCUCACAGAAAAAGACGGAGAAUUUCAACCACCGGCGCAGCUCUGGGAAGUGACGAAGGAAAGGGGUCAAAUUGUGGGCUGGGUUCCACAAGAAGAGGUUCUAGCGCACCCGGCUGUGGGUGGGUUCCUCACUUACAGUGGAUGGAACUCGACGAUUGAGAGUAUAUUCGCGGGAGUGCCAAUGAUUUGCUGGCCUUAUUUUGCAGAUCAGCAGGUAAACAGUAGGUUCGUAAGCCAUGUUUGGAAGCUGGGUAUGGACAUGAAAGACACUUGCGAUAGGGUUACCAUUGAGAAGAUGGUGAGAGAUUUGAUGGAAAAGAGGCGCACUGAGUUCACCAAAUCGGCGGAGGCGAUGGCAAAGUUGGCAAGAAGUAGUCUGAGUGAAGGUGGGUCCUCCUACUGUAACUUUAGCCGUUUGAUUGAGAGCAUAAGGUUGAUGAGCGCCUGAUAACCACUAGGAAUUUGACGUGUGUUGAAACGUGUGUGGUGUGUUAUUUAAUCAUAUGCCUCUAGCAUCUCACGUUGCAACAAGACAAGAUUUUCAGUAUUUUAGUCAUUUUGGGGUUUCGAGCCAAUGAAAGGAGGAAAAGACCUUGUCAGACAGGGAUGCUGGAGGCUCUCACAUUUAAUUUCUCUGUGUUUUGUACAUUUUUCGAAUCUAAUAAGAUGCUCAUUGCAAUUUAA